AUAAACACACGCAUACACACACAUACACACCCCUCCCUCCUCUCUGGACGGUCGGACCCGAGAGUGGCGGGAGGAGGGUUCCGCGAAGGGGAGUCCACCUGCCGGCGAUCCAGUCCGGGAUUUGGUCCCACCCUGAAGACGCUUCGUUCGCCGGAGCGGGAGCCGGAGCCGGAGCGCAGGGGACUGUUUGAACUCCCCUCCCCGAACGCACUCCAAUGAGCAGGCGCUUCGGGCUGGGAGCAGCGGCGCUCUUCGGCUGGGAUCAGCAGAGCGAUGCCCGUUUAGGACUUUUCUGAGACAGUCAACACCGCCGACGGUCAGCAGCAGCAGCAGCAGCAGCAGCAGCAGCAGCGGCAGCACUUCUGGCAGAGAGAAAACCCAAACAAAACCCCACACACCAAGAAUUUGGACAAGGACCCUCCCCUCUCCCCUCGUCCCCGUCUCCCCUUCCCCGCCUUGCAAUGACUUGUUGUCGGCGGAGCUCCGACUGAAGGGGUCUUACCUGCUUGGAACUGGAGUGAGAUCGGGAUCGUUAGAAGUGUUGUAUGACCCCUUUUUGCUUCUGGGUUUGUUUCUUUGGCUUCCCGCCCUGCCAGCCUCCCUCCCCCUUUCUCCCAUCAUUGGAAAUGAACAGCAAAUUCUAUCUGUUUCCCAGAAACUAGGACCCUUUUCCACAGCGCCCACCUACGCUCCCCUCCGCGCGAUAAGAAGCCCCAUGUAGGAAUGACAAAGAAUUGCGAAGGAGGAGAGUGCGGAGUCCGGCGCUCAGAGAGACCCCCAAUCAUGGAUUACUAAAUGGGACCUUGUCCUGCACCAGCUAGUCCAGUGCUCCGGCUGCUGCCUCUGCGUGCCCCGAGAAGGGUGAAGUGAAGAAAUAAAGUCUUCCCCGCUGAACUACUAUGAGGUCAGAAGCCUUGCUGCUAUAUUUCACACUGCUACACUUUGCUGGGGCCGGUUUCCCAGAAGAUUCUGAGCCAAUCAGUAUUUCGCAUGGCAACUAUACAAAACAGUAUCCGGUGUUUGUGGGUCACAAGCCAGGACGGAACACCACACAAAGGCACAGACUGGACAUCCAGAUGAUCAUGAUCAUGAACAGAACCCUCUACGUUGCUGCUAGGGACCAUAUUUAUACUGUUGAUAUGGACACAUCACACACAGAAGAAAUUUUCUGUAGCAAAAAAUUGACGUGGAAAUCCAGACAGGCCGAUGUAGACACAUGCAGAAUGAAGGGAAAGCAUAAGGAUGAGUGUCACAACUUCAUUAAAGUUCUUCUGAAGAGAAAUGAUGAGACUUUGUUUGUUUGUGGGACAAAUGCCUUCAAUCCUUCCUGCAGGAACUACAAGAUGGAUACCCUGGACCCUCUUGGAGAUGAGUUUAGUGGAAUGGCCAGAUGCCCCUAUGAUGCCAAGCAUGCCAAUGUUGCCCUGUUUGCAGAUGGAAAGCUGUACUCAGCCACGGUGACCGACUUCCUUGCAAUAGAUGCAGUCAUUUACCGGAGCCUUGGAGACAGCCCAACAUUGCGGACGGUCAAACAUGACUCAAAAUGGUUGAAAGAGCCAUAUUUUGUCCAAGCAGUGGAUUAUGGGGACUACAUCUACUUCUUCUUUCGGGAAAUAGCAGUGGAGUACAACAGCAUGGGAAAGGUAGUUUUUCCAAGAGUUGCUCAGGUGUGCAAGAAUGACAUGGGAGGAUCACAAAGAGUGCUGGAAAAACAGUGGACUUCUUUUCUCAAAGCUCGCCUCAACUGUUCGGUUCCUGGCGAUUCCCAUUUUUAUUUCAACAUACUCCAGGCAGUUACAGAUGUCAUCCAUAUCAACGGCCGGGAUGUUGUCCUAGCAACUUUUUCCACACCUUAUAACAGCAUUCCUGGCUCCGCAGUCUGUGCCUAUGACAUGCUCGACAUUGCCAAUGUUUUUACCGGGAGAUUCAAGGAGCAGAAGUCUCCAGAUUCCACGUGGACACCUGUUCCUGAUGAGCGCGUGCCCAAGCCCAGGCCAGGUUGCUGUGCUGGCUCUGCAGCUUUGGAAAAGUACGGGACUUCCAAUGAGUUUCCCGAUGACACUCUCAAUUUCAUCAAAACCCAUCCUCUCAUGGAUGAAGCGGUGCCUUCUCUCGUCAACAGGCCGUGGUUCCUGAGGACGAUGGUCAGAUACCGCCUGACCAAAAUUGCAGUAGAUACUGCUGCUGGGCCAUAUCAGAAUCACACUGUGGUUUUCCUGGGAUCAGAGAAGGGAAUCAUCUUGAAGUUCUUGGCCAGGACAGGAAACAGUGGUUUCCUAAAUGACAGCCUUUUCCUGGAGGAGAUGAACGUUUACAAUCCUGAAAAGUGCAGCUAUGAUGGGGUGGAAGACAAGAGAAUUAUGGGCAUGCAGCUGGACAAAGUGAGCAGUUCUCUGUUUGUGGCAUUCUCUACCUGUGUGAUAAAGGUUCCAUUAGGCCGGUGUGAACGUCACGGAAAGUGUAAAAAGACCUGUAUAGCAUCCAGAGAUCCAUAUUGUGGUUGGAUGAAGGAAGGAGGCUCUUGCACCCAUCUGUCCCCCGGUACCAAACUAGCGUUCGAGCAGGACAUUGAACACGGCAAUACAGAUGGUCUGGGUGAUUGCCAGAGAAUCACACUGCAAUCUGAAGCUCCUCCAGUGACCUUCAGAAGAAGCCCUCUACCACAAGGUGCCAUGGCUUGGACCACUAAGCCCGCAGCCCGAAAGCGCCUAUCAAGUGGAUCAAGGCUUUCCAAGGGACCAGACGGAGCGGUACAAACGCUGCACGGAUCGCACCGCUCUGCUGGAGCCGGAUGCACCCCCGCCUCCCGUGGGAACCCCGGACGAGAUUCUUUUGUGGCACUAAAUGGGCACUCCAGCUCCCUCUUUCCCAGCACCACCACUUCAGACUCGACAGGUCAAGAGGGCUAUCAGUCUAGGGGACGCAUGCUGGACUGGGAGGAUCCGGUUGGCUCAUCCGACGGCACCGAUCCAUUUCGGGCAGUCUCAUCCCAUAAUCACCAAGACAAGAAGGGAGUGAUUCGGGAAAGUUAUCUCAAAGGGCAUGACCAGCUCGUUCCUGUCACCCUGCUGGCCAUAGCGGUCAUUCUUGCUUUUGUCAUGGGGGCCGUCUUCUCGGGCAUCAUUGUGUACUGCAUCUGCGACCACCGGCGCCGGGACGGGGCCGUUGGGCAGAGGAAGGAGAAGGACCUGGCUCACUCCCGCCGCGGAUCCAUGAGUAGCGUGACCAAGCUCAGCGGCCUCUUUGGGGACCCUCAGUCGAAGGAGCCUAAGCCGGAGGCCAUCCUCACUCCGCUCAUGCACAACGGCAAGCUGGCGACCCCGAGCAAUACAGCCAAGAUGCUGAUCAAAGCCGACCAGCACCACCUGGACCUGGCGGCCCUGCCCACCCCCGAGUCCACCCCGACGCUCCAGCAGAAGCGGAAGCCGAGCCGGGGCAGCCGGGAGUGGGAGAGGAACCAGAACCUCAUCAACGCCUGCACGAAGGACAUGCCCCCGAUGGCUUCUCCCGUGAUUCCCACCGACCUGCCCCUCCGGGCUUCGCCCAGCCAUAUCCCCAGCGUGGUGGUCCUGCCCAUCACCCAACAGGGCUACCAGCACGAAUACGUGGACCAGCCCAAAGUGAGCGACAUGGCCCAGAUGGCCUUGGAAGACCAAGCGGCCACCCUCGAGUACAAGACCAUCAAGGAGCACCUCGGCAGCGGCAAGAGCCCCAACCACGGAGUCAACCUGGUGGAGAACCUGGACGGUCUGCCCCCGAAGGUCCCCCAGAGGGAGGCUUCCCUGGGGCCCCCUGGAUCCUCCCUGUCUCAGAACGGCCUGGGCAAGCGACUGGAAAUGCACUCCUCCACCUACGGCAUGGACUACAAGAGGAGCUACCCCACGAACUCUCUCACGCGAAGCCACCAGGGGGCUACUCUGAAAAGAAACAAUACUAAUUCCUCCAACUCCUCCCACCUCUCCAGAAACCAGAGCUUUGGCCGGGGUGACAACCCACCCCCGGCCCCACAGAGGGUGGACUCUAUACAGGUGCACGGCGCCCAGCCGGCAGCCCAGUCAGUGACUGUCUCAAGGCAGGCCAGCCUCACCGCCUACAACUCGCUGACACGGCCGGGGCUGAAGCGCACGCCCUCGCUAAAGCCCGACGUACCUCCCAAACCUACGUUUGCCCCCCUUUCCACAUCCCUGAAGCCCAAUGACGCGUGCACAUAAUCCCCGUGGGAGGGGAAGGGACCCGCACGCUGGCCCCGCUCAGCCGCCGUUCUAAACCGCCUCCCGCGUUCCAACCAACCAAGAAGGCCAUUGGGGAGCUGAGGAUGCUUGGUCCUUCUCUCUGGGAGAAAGUGGAAUACUCUCGAAAUUGGGCCCCGUGGCUCGGGGAAGGUUUGCAAGCUGCAGGACUCACCCCUCCUCCUCCUCCUCCUCCUCCUCCUCCACCUCCACCACCACCCCUCCGCUCUUCGACCGCUCGGACUCCCAAAAGACUUCAGUUGACAUCACAGACGUGAGCCAAAAGCACACACGUUCACAUCAUCACAUGUCCCCCACACAGAACACCCCACGCCCAGAUGCACACACGCACACGUACACGCACGCACGCACACAUACACACACGCCCCCUACAUACAAAUACACAGGGGGGGACAGCGACCGCAACAUCUUGCCCAUGACUGCAUGGGAGGGUUGCCAGACUUGGCGAGCCUUCCAAACUAUGAAACACGAGCGAAUCAAAAAGAAUCAUUUUUAAAAAAAAGGACAAAAAAAAAGAAUUCAUUGAUAACUCUAACUCAGACUUUAACAAUGGCAGAAGUUUACUAUGUGCAGAUACUGUGAAAAGGUCAUCAGUGUUACUGCCUCUUGGUAUAGCAGAUAAAUGCCACGUUGGGCAAAACCAUGUCAUAGAUUUCUGCUACUCUUCUCUUUUAAUGAAUAACGUGACGGUUAACGCAAGUAACUCUUAUUAUUUAUUGUUCAUCCUUUUUUUCCCCCUAAGGAAAUGACUCCUGCAUAUCCUAUGAACAGCUCUUCAGAAAGCCCACUGAAAAUUACAUUAUUUUAUGGGAAGCCCAUUAACUGGAGUAAUUAAGUUCUCUUUUAUUUUUCCAAUAAAUUCACUGAGUUAAAUAAGGUGGAGCUGGAAUACUGAAACUUUAUGUUAGGACCAUCUAAUCUCGCUUCAGAAAAAUCAAAACAAAUUGAAAGAGGGGAAUAUUUAUUUAAAUCCAUCAGUUAAUUUGCUGGCUGGGUCUCUGACCUCUGACAGGCGAUAAAACAAACCAAAUCCCCCCAGAUUCUAACUUCUUAAGUAACUGCAACAGAAACUUUUAAAGCUGCACAUCCGUGCCCCAUUGCUGUCAACAUGGCUUUGUCAGUAGUUAAUACUUUCUGUGAAGGCACCAGCUUGUGAUGUGCCAUCUCAUUUCACCUUGCAUGUGAGACGGCAAACAAAAUCCACAAACGGUGUGAACUAAUUAAUAUGCUGGCUGUUACCAUGCAUAAAUUAAUGGUCUUAUCACACGGGUUUUUCGUGGGAAUACAUCUGUGAAUAGCCUGUUUUCUUCCACGUGUAAAUUUGUGCCUUACACCCUCAGUUGUGUGUACUUGUGAGCUGUAGUAUGUAAAAUCUUUUUCCCCUUUUGGAAUAAAUGCAAAUAUUUAUUUACCUUCCCUCCCCCGAACUCUCUGGCAAAUGGGAGUGGAGCAGUUCCAGGAAGAAUGUAGUGGUUAUCCUAACCAGUCCCAAGGAAGCAGGGCAGUACCACCCCCUUCAAUUCAAGUGAUCUUUCUAGUUGUGCCAACUCAGCUCUCGACCCUCUUCCCUUGGCAGGCGACUCUGGCCACUCCGGGACCCAGGGUCAUGGGGCUUCAGCAUCCCUCUCCUCUCUAGGUUUCGGGAUUGCUUUAAGACAGCGAUACUCUCACUAGCUCCGGAGAAGAGACCGACGUGACCGAGGACGCCCCUGGAUAAGACACAGGGUGUGCAUCUGACAGGUUCUGAAAGGAACCCCCUGCCAUGAGCCCCAGUGUACACGUGUAAGUGGACACCCUGGAAUGACAUGGAAAUGGAUUCGGGCAGGCUGGUCCCUGCUGUGAUUGGAAAACUACGAGUCCACAGCCAAUCACGAUUCUGCAUCAACUAGGGGCAAUGAAUUUUGAUUUUGUUUUACCUCUCUUCUUUUUUUUUUGUUUUCUUUUUUCUUUUUGUUUUUUUAGGGGGGGAGGGUGUGUGCGAGUGUUCCUUUAUCAGUUUUCAUUUGUUCAUGCACACAUGAUAAUCUGUUAUAAAGCUGUGUCAACAUACUGUAGAAAGUGAGGAUUAUUGUUGGGGGUUGUUUUGUUUUGAAUCUGCUGAACAGUACAUUGGC